AUGAACAAGUUCAUUGAAAAAAGACGGUUUCAACUGAUAUAUCCGUCCUUAGUUUUACUGGGUAUUGUAGUUAAUGUAUUGUUCGGAUACGAUGAAGUGCAAAAGGAGAAAGAUGCCCAUUAUUUGUUUUCGUCCCGCAAUGCAAUCAAUCAACUAUUCGCGUAUCAUGGUAAUGACAUUUGGCUUGUUUUGUUCUUAUCGCUAAGUGCUUUACAGAUAUACUAUCGAGCCAUCGAAUGGGAUCCUCUUCCAAGAGAUGCAAGAAUCGAUAUCAGGUCAAAGGUGCUACCCUUAAUAAGAGAAUAUGCUUUAAAAUUGUUACUGAAGACGGUGUUGCUGUACGUAAUUUUCUUCGUGAUAGACCAUGUCUUUGUCUGGACUGGAGGUGCUUGUUCGGUGAGCGAUACAGCCUCUGCAGAGCAAUGCAGAAGAGAUGGUGGAAAAUGGGAAGGAGGGUUCGAUAUUAGUGGUCACUUUUGUUUUCUCACUAAUAUUAGUAUGAUUUUGUGGAUGGAAAUAUAUUCCUUCCAGCAUUUCACUAAUACAAAUGAGAUCCAGCCAAGUAGAAAAUGGAUAUCCGUCAUUUAUCUGAACAUAUUUGUUCUUAUCACCUGGGCAUUUGUUCUUUCAGUGACGGCCAUUUUUUACCACACUUUAAUGGAGAAAGUUAUAGGAGUGACAAUGGGAUAUAUUUGUCCCACAGUAAUGUAUCUAUUGGUCCCCUCGAUUCCUGCUUUGAAGAAAUACAUGUAUUAA